CCUCAAGUCAUUUACAACUGGGAAACUGAAGUGACAACAUCGCAGGAGUUCAGAGACGCCCAGCAAAAGCUUGCUUUUUUUGGAUUUAUGAAAUUAUUUAUUGGACCUUUUUUUAACUAUCGAAAAGGAAAAUAAACAGGAUCUAUGAUAACUCCACGUGGAAUUAUACAUCAAUUUUAAAUCAGAAAAGAAGGAAUGCAUCCUUUCUUUGUGAAACUAACUUCCCUGUUGUCGCUGAUUGCUCUAACACGAGGCCUAAGAUGCUCUACAUCCACCGAGUCCUGUUUAGACCUGGGGCGGUGUGAGCCCACGGUAGAAGGAAAUGGAGAGUGCAAGUGUCGUGAUGGGUUUGUGGGGAACAGAUGUCAGCACAGAGACCCCUGCUCCGCCUCUCCUUGUAAAAACAGCGGCACGUGUCACGUGGUGCUCCGAGGGGAUUCGGUGAGCUUCGCGUGUGUCUGUGAGCCGGGCUUCACGGACCGCGUGUGUUUCACGCCCGUCAACAACGCCUGUCUGAGUUCGCCCUGUCGGAACGGUGGCAGCUGCGACCCGGUCAACCUCCAGGACUACAAGUGCCAAUGUCCUCCCGGCUGGUCCGGUAAGCAGUGUCAGCUGGCGGACCCCUGUGCCUCCAAUCCGUGCGCCAACGGCGGCCAGUGCACGCCCUUUGAGUCCCACUACAUCUGCACGUGCACGCCCCGCUUCUACGGCAAGAUGUGCCAGCAGGACGUCAACGAGUGUGCCCAGAACCCCUCGCCGUGCCGCAACGGGGGGCGUUGCGUGAACGUGGUGGGCGCCUACCGCUGCCAGUGUCCCCAGGAGUACACGGGCGAGCACUGCGAUGUCCGCUAUCUGCCCUGCAGCCCCUCCCCCUGCCACAACGGGGGCACCUGCGUCCAGAAGGGAGAGACCGCCUACGAGUGCUCCUGUGUGCCAGGUUUCUCGGGUCAGAACUGUGAAACUAACAUUGAUGACUGUCCUGGAAAUAAUUGUCAGAAUGGAGCAACCUGUGUGGAUGGUGUUAACACCUAUAACUGCAAUUGUAAACCUGAAUUCACAGGCCAGGUCUGUUUAGACGACAUUGACGAGUGCGAGUUGAUACCCAACGCGUGCCAGAACGGUGGAACGUGCCACAACAUCUACGGUUCCUACCAGUGUGUGUGCGUCAACGGGUGGACCGGCGACGACUGCGGCGAGAACAUCGACGACUGCGCCUCCGCCGCCUGUGACAAGGGCGCCACCUGCCACGACCGAGUGGCGUCUUUCUAUUGCCAGUGUCCCCCCGGGCGCACAGGUCUGCUCUGUCACCUGAAUGACGCCUGUAUCAGUAACCCUUGUCAAAAAGGCUCCAACUGUGACAACAACCCCGUUACCGGCAACGCCAUCUGCACCUGUCCCCUGGGCUACUUUGGCGCCGCCUGCGACCAGGACGUCGACGAGUGCUCGCUGGGUGGCAAUCCCUGUGAGCAUGGGGGCAAGUGCAUGAACACCAAAGGUUCAUUCCAGUGUAACUGCCUGUCCGGUUUCUCUGGGGCUCGCUGUGAACACGACGUCAACGAGUGCCUCUCCAACCCCUGCCAGAACGAAGCCACUUGCCUCGACCGGAUAGGAGGUUUUCACUGCAUUUGUAUGCCAGGCUACAAGGGGCUGUUCUGCCAGAUCAAUACGGACGAGUGCGCCAGCAACCCCUGCCAGAACAAUGGGAAAUGCAUCGACAAGAUCAACACCUUCCACUGUCAGUGUCUCACAGGCUUUGCCGGGAGCCUUUGCCAGAUGGAUAUUGACGAGUGUGCCAGCACGCCUUGCAAGAACGGCGGCAAGUGUACAGACGGCCCGAACAAGUACACCUGCGAAUGUACCGACGGUUACGCGGGGCAGCACUGUGAAACGGACAUCAACGAGUGCUCCUCCAACCCCUGUCACUACGGUACCUGUAAAGACGGCAUUGCCUCCUUCACGUGUUACUGUCGUCCCGGUUACACCGGGCCACGCUGCGAGUUCAACAUCAACGAGUGCCUGAGUCAGCCCUGCCGCAAUGGCGGUGCCUGUCAGGACCGCGAGAACUCCUACAUCUGCACCUGCCCCAAGGGCACUGCAGGUACAAACUGUGAAGUCAACCUGGACGACUGUGAGAGCAAACCGUGCAAAUAUGGGACGUGCAUCGACAAGAUCAACGGCUACGAGUGUGCCUGCGAGCCAGGCUACAGCGGGACAAUGUGCAACAUCAACAUAGAUGAAUGUGCCCUCAACCCAUGUCACAACGGGGGUACCUGCCAAGACGGCAUCAACACCUUCACCUGUGUGUGUCCAGAGGGUUACCACGACGCCACCUGUUUCUCCCAGGUCAACGAGUGCCUUAGCAACCCAUGUAUUCACGGCCACUGCCAGGAUAAAGUCAACGAUUACAACUGUCUGUGUGACAAUGGGUGGAGUGGCAAGAACUGUGACAUCAACAACAACGAGUGUGAGUCCAACCCCUGCAUGAAUGGAGGAACCUGUAAGGAUAUGACCAGCGGAUAUGUCUGCUCCUGUCGAGUCGGCUUCACUGGUCCGAGCUGCCAGACCAACAUCAAUGAAUGUGCUUCCAACCCCUGCCUGAACAAAGGGACCUGCAUUGAUGAUGUCGCUGGCUACAAGUGCAACUGUUUGCUGCCGUACACCGGUGAGAACUGUGAGACUGUGCUGGCACCAUGCAGCCCCAAGCCCUGUAAAAACGGAGGUCUGUGUCAGGAAUCUGAGGACUAUGAGAGUUUCUCCUGUGCAUGUCCAGAAGGCUGGCAAGGCCAGACCUGUGAGGUGGACAUUGACGAAUGUGUGAAGAACCCGUGUCACAACGGGGCUUCCUGUGAGAACACCAUAGGCAACUACCGCUGUGGCUGCAACGCCGGUUACACUGGCCGCAACUGUGAGACCGACGUGGACGACUGCAAGCCCAACCCCUGCAGUAAUGGGGGCUUCUGUCGGGACGAGGUGGACAACUUUGUGUGCACUUGCCUGCCGGGCUUCCGCGGCAUCAGGUGUGAGGAGGACAUCAACGAGUGUGACAGCAACCCGUGUAAGAACGGAGCCAACUGUACGGACUGUGUCAACAGCUACACCUGCACCUGUCCGCCCGGCUUCAGCGGGAUCCACUGUGAGAACAACACACCCGACUGCACCGAGAGCUCUUGUUUCAACGGCGGUACGUGUGUGGACGGCAUCAACACCUUCACCUGCCAGUGUCCGCCCGGCUUCACCGGCAGCUACUGCCAGCACGACAUCAACGAGUGUGACUCCAGACCUUGCCUGAAUGGAGGCACGUGCCAAGACAGCUACGGGACCUACAAGUGCACCUGUCUCCAGGGCUACACAGGACUCAACUGCCAGAACAUGGUACGCUGGUGUGAAUUAUCCCCCUGUAAGAACGGGGCCAAAUGUUGGCAGACCGGUACCACCUACACCUGUGAAUGCCAGGGCGUCUGGACGGGCCUCUACUGCGACGUGCCCAAGGUCUCCUGCGAGGUGGCGGCCAAACAGAGAGGAGUGGAGGUGGCCGCCCUUUGCCAAAACUCGGGCCAGUGUCUGGACGCAGGGAACAUCCACUACUGCCACUGCCAGGCAGGGUACACGGGAAGCUACUGCGAGGAGCAGGUGAACGAGUGCAUCCCCAACCCCUGUCAGAAUGGAGCCACCUGCACCAGCUUCCUGGGAGGGUACUCGUGUCAGUGCGUUCUGGGAUAUGUCGGGACUAACUGCUCCAAAGAGAUCAAUGAGUGUUUCUCCCAGCCGUGCCAGAACGGGGGCACCUGCAUUGACCUGAUCAAUACCUACAAAUGCUCCUGUCCCAGAGGAACCCAAGGUGUCCACUGUGAGAUCAACAUAGACGACUGCAACCCCUUCUUGGACCCGGUGGCCAACGAGCCCAAGUGCUUCAACAAGGGGAGGUGUGUGGACCGGGUCGGGGGUUACCACUGCGUCUGUCCCGCCGGUUACGUGGGAGAGCGCUGCGAGGGCGACGUCAACGAGUGUCUAUCCAACCCGUGUGAUCCCCGUGGGACGCACAACUGCGUCCAGCUCACCAAUAACUACCGCUGCGACUGUCGCACUGGAUACACGGGCCAGCACUGCGACACGGUAUUCGACGGCUGCAAAGGCAAACCGUGUCGUAACGGAGGGACGUGUGCCGUAGCCAGCAACACUCCCCACGGCUUCAUCUGCAAGUGUCCGCCUGGCUACACCGGCUCCAGCUGCGAGUACGACGCCCGCUCCUGCGGCAGCCUGCACUGUGGAAACGGCGGCACCUGCGUUUCCGGCCACAAGAGCCCCAGGUGUCUGUGCACCCCGUCGUUCACCGGGCCGCAGUGUGAAUACCCGGCGGACAGCCCGUGUAACGCCAACCCGUGUUACAACGGCGGUACCUGCGAGUACACCGCCGAGGCCCCCUACUACCACUGCGUGUGCCCGGCCAACUUCAACGGCCUGCUGUGUCACAUCCUGGACUACGGCUUCCUGGGUGGCUUCGGCCGCGACAUCACGCCCCCGCCGAAGGUGGAGGUGAGCUGCGAGAACCCCCAGUGCGAGGAGAGGAAGGGGAACAAGUUCUGCGACGGCGUGUGCAACAACCACACGUGCGGCUGGGACGGCGGCGACUGCUCGCUGAACUUCGACGACCCGUGGAAGAACUGCACGUCGUCCCUGCAGUGCUGGCGCUACUUCAACAACGGGAGGUGCGACGAGCAGUGCGACAACUCCGGCUGCCUGUAUGACGGCUUCGACUGUCAGAACCUGGAGGGCCAGUGCAACCCUCUAUAUGACCAGUACUGCAAGGACCAUUACGCUGACGGCCACUGCGACCAGGGAUGCAACAAUGCCGAGUGCGAGUGGGAUGGUCUGGACUGCGCCGAUAAUGUGCCAGAGAAGCUGGCCUUGGGCCGCCUUGUCAUCGUGGUUCAAAUCAGGCCGGAACAGCUCCGGAACAACACGUCUGGCUUCCUGCGCGAGCUGAGCCGCGUGCUCCACACCAACGUGGUGUUCCGGCGGGACGCCAAGGGGGAGGCCAUGAUCUACCCAUACUACGGCAGCGAGCAGGAGCUGAGGAAGCGCAACGCCAAGCGCUCGGUAGCCUGGGCCGAGGUCCCUGGCACGGUGCUCGGCUCCGUGACGAACAGCCUAUACACCGUUGCCACGGCAAACCGGCGGAGACGGAGGGAGCUGGACCCUAUGCAGGUCAAAGGGGCCAUAGUGUACCUGGAGAUUGACAAUCGCCAGUGCUUCCAGCAGUCAACCGAGUGCUUCCAGAGCGCCACAGACGUAGCGGCCUUCCUCGGGGCGCUGGCCUCCAGCGGAAACCUCAAUGUACCCUACGUCAUAGAGGCCGUUCACAGUGAGGUCGACCCCCAGUCGCCGCCGCCGUUGUACCCCAUCUACGUGGUCUUGGCCGGGCUGGCCCUCCUGGCCUUAGUGGGCGUGGGGAUGGUCGCCUCGCGGAAGCGCCGCCGCGAGCACGGCCAGCUGUGGUUCCCGGAGGGCUUCAAGACCGGCGAGCCCAAUAAGAAGAGGAGGGAGCCCGUCGGGGAGGAUUCAGUGGGAUUGAAGCCACUGAAAAACUCCUCGGACAUAUCACUGAUGGACGACAACCAGAAUGAAUGGGGAGAAGAGGAGCCUUCGGACACCAAGCGGCUCAGGUUGCAGCAGUUUGAGGAGCAGGCUAUGCUGGACCUGGACGACCAGACGGAUCACCGUCAGUGGACCCAGCAGCACCUGGACGCGGCUGACCUUCGUAUCCCCUCCAUUGCCCCCACACCGCCUCAGGGCGAGAUUGAGAACGAUUGCAUGGAUGUCAAUGUACGGGGACCAGACGGCUUCACCCCCCUGAUGAUCGCCUCUUGCAGUGGCGGAGGUCUAGAAACGGGUAACAGCGAGGAGGACGAAGACUCCUCGGCCAACGUGAUCAAUGACUUCAUCUACCAGGGUGCCAACCUCCACAGUCAGACGGACCGCACCGGGGAGACUGCCCUCCAUCUCGCCGCCCGCUACGCCCGCUCCGAUGCAGCCAAACGUCUCCUGGAGGCCAGCGCCGACGCCAACAUCCAGGACAACAUGGGCAAGACGCCGUUACAUGCCGCCGUGGCAGCUGACGCCCAGGGUGUCUUCCAGAUUUUGAUCCGGAACCGCGCCACGGACCUAGAUGCCCGCAUGCACGACGGCACCACCCCUCUGAUCCUGGCGGCGCGACUGGCAGUGGAGGGCAUGGUGGAGGAGCUCAUCAACUGCCACGCUGACGUCAACGCCAUCGACGACUUCGGCAAAUCUGCUCUUCACUGGGCAGCAGCAGUAAAUAAUGUGGAGGCAGCCAUCAUACUACUGAAGAAUGGAGCCAACAAAGACAUGCAGAACAACAAGGAGGAGACUCCUCUGUUCCUCGCUGCCAGGGAAGGAAGCUACGAGACGGCCAAGGUCCUGCUGGAGCACUUCGCUAACCGCGAGAUAACGGACCACAUGGACCGGCUGCCCAGAGACGUCGCGCAGGAGAGGAUGCACCACGACAUCGUCCGUCUCAUGGACGAGUACAACCUGGUCCGCAGCCCGCCCAUGCACAGCCACGGACACGUGGGCUCCAUGGGAAACACCCUGUCCCCUCCCCUCUGCUCGCCCAACAGCUACAUGGGCAACAUGAAGCCCUCGGUCCAGAGCAAGAAAGCCCGCAAGCCCAGUGCCAAGGGCAUCGGCUGCAAAGACGGCAAGGACAUGAAGAACAAGAAGAAGUCCUCCCAGGAUGGUAAGGGAGGAAGUCUCCUGGACAGUUCGGCCGUCCUGUCCCCCGUGGAAUCCUUGGAGUCCCCGCAUGGGUACAUCUCCGACGUGGCGUCCCCGCCCAUGAUGACGUCCCCCUUCCAGCAGUCCCCGUCCAUGUCCCACCUCCAGGGCAUGUCUGACCCCCACAUGGGGGUGAACCACAUGGGCGUGCCCAACAAGAAGGACCUGGCACGGAUGCCGUUUGACCCGCUGCCGCCCCGUCUCACCCACCUCCCGGUGUCGGGCUCCAGCGGGGGCAUGAACGGCCAGUGUGACUGGCUCUCCAGGAUGCACGCCAACCUGGGCCAGCCGGUCCAGUUCAACCCCAUGAGGGUGGCUCCCGUCGGGGGGCAGGGCGGCCUGCACCAGGGUGGAGGGCAGCACGGAAUGAUGACCUCCCUCCACAACGGACUGCCUCAGAUGAUGGGCUACCAGGGCCUGCAGAGCAGCCGGCUGGCCUCGCAGCCCCACCUCCUGCAGCAGGCCCAGCAGCAGAUGCAGCAGCAGACCCUGAAGCAGCAGCUCCAGCAGCAGCAACAGCAGGGCAUCCAGCUGCAGCACCAGAACUCUAGCGGCGGCGCCAGCGGGCAGAGCUUCAUCGGCAGCGAGCUGAGCGGUUCAGAGCUCCAACAGGGCACGGGGAACCAGGGCUCCAUGGCCAUCCACACCAUCCUGCCCCAGGAGACCCAGAUCAUGAGCCAGAACCUGCCUAGCACCCAGUACCUUACCCCGCCUUCUCAGCACAGCUACACGGGACCCUUGGACAACACCCCCAACCACCAGCUACAAGUCCCAGACCACCCCUUUCUGACCCCCUCCCCUGGUUCUCCGGACCAGUGGUCCAGCUCCUCCCCACAUUCUAACAUGUCCGACUGGUCAGAGGGCAUUUCGAGUCCACCGACCAGCAGCAUGCAAUCUCAGAUCGCAUAUGUUCCCGACCAGUUCAAGUGAAGAGUUUGUAUUGCUGUGCCAAGAUGGACUGACAGAUAUUUUUGUAUGAAAAGGCACAAAAAGACAAAAAUUGACUUCAUUGAAGGAUCCUUUUAUAUGCUUUUAUACUAACAGUAAGAAUGACCUAUGUUUUAUUAGUUUUCGUUAUUUAUUAAUGUAUUAUUUAUACCUUUUCCUCUGCCUGCUUACAGAAAUGUGGGAUCCAAGUUGUCAGCCUAUCAGGGCAGAGUAGUUUAAACUUGGAGGGAGACUGUUGCUUUGCCUAUUUUUUAUUUUUUUUAAUAUUUAGUGCUUUUUUCUGCAUUAUACCAAGCUAUUCUGAUGUACACUGGGUAUUUAUUUGUGUAGACAUUGUGCAUUUUCUGAUUUUCUUUUUUCUAUCCAACUUGUUUAUAUUCUUUUGUAAUUUUUGUUGUAUAAUCUUGUAAAAUCAACUGAUUUAAGAGCAUUUUAUACAGAACAUUCUUAAAUCCAGUGUUAUUUUGCUUUUGUUAAAUAGUCCAGAACAAUGCUUUUAUUUGUCAACGAAGUAAACAUAAAAAGUCUUAUUUUUCACAUUCUUGGUCAGGGAUGCUGUUUGAAUGGAUUAUGUAAUUACAGUAGCUGGUUUUCAUGUUAUAUUUUAAACGGCUUCUGACCAAAAUCAAGAGUCAUGUAAAUUAGGUGCUAGAGUUGUAAGUUGUUCUUGGCUCAAUGGAGCUUAAGCCUCUUGGUUGGAUUGUAUGUACAGCACGUGUUGAUCGUGUUCAAGAAAUGGCCAAGUGGUCAAAGGUUUGAAUUUGUUAUUCUGAGGGAUAAUUUGAAAAUCUACUUUUCCUUGAUCCCUCCAAUUGUUUUAGCCUGUGGCUGGUGUUGUGUUAUUGUAAAUAUAUGCAUCUCACUUGUAAGCACGAUUUUGUUUCAGAAAUCCUAAGUCUUAAAUGGGCAAUAUAUAAGAUUGUUACUGUACUACUGCCAUAAUAACAAGCAAAAAUGACUAGUAGACAUCAGCAGUUAAUGUUUUUAAUGUUUCAAAUAAUCAUUUUCUACAAAAUGAAUCCGAGUGACUGCCGUUUCCCCUAUUUAAACAUUCUCGCUGGUCCGUCUAAUUGUUUGCAUUGACUUGUAAUCCCCUUAUACUUGUUUUAGACACAGAACCAUCCUUCAAACCUAAACCCUGGACUAGCUAGUACUAUACUGGUCUUGUUCGGUAAGAGAAGACGAGGAGACAAGUUGUGUUAUUGUUUAGAGGGAGCAUUCACAGUGCCCCUUUAAGUAUGUCAUAUAUAAGGUAUUUACAUUGAUCCACUAAAAUGAAAAAUGAAUCAAUACACAACAUAGUAUAUUUUAAGAACAGAAAUUUAAAUAAAAUAUGUUUUAAGCCCCAGAAAAUAUGAGAUAUUAACAGCGGUAGUGUAUUGACUGCUUGUGCGAUAGAAAACAAUUGGCAAAAUUGUUUUUACUAGAUGUAAAAAGGAAAACGAAAGUGUUGUGUUUUUAAAUGAUCCUCCCCUAAUGCUUAGUGAGAUGCUCUGAAUGGUAUGAGUUCUAUAGUUUGUUCAUUAAAACCCUAGGAUGUAUCUGCAAUCAAAUGUUAUACCUUCCUGCAAAGUUUUAAUAUGCAUAAAAUGUAUUUUUCUUCCUCUACCUGUUAUAAAAAAGUAUCUUCAUAUCAUUAAAAAACCUGUUGCGCAUCUUGA